AAAAUGUUUACUAUAAAAACAAAUUUAAACAUAAAUUUGGAAGCAUUGGACGUCUGUUUCGGUCGUGAGAAUCCAAUAACAAAAUACACAGUCUUCUGGGUACACCGAGUCUCGGUCCCAAGGAACCAAAAACAAAUGAUUUCUUGGGCGUGACACAGCAAAUUGAUAAACUGAUAAAAUACAUCUUGGUAUCUAAUAGUAUUUAGUUUAGUAUUCUUUUCCUUUUCACAGAUCCCAGUAGGCUUCUAAAAUGACAUUAGCAUUGUGUCUGUGCUGUGCUUUCAUGUUUUCAUUCAGAGUCGCAAGCAGACGUUUGACAAAGGAAUACAUUUUAUUUCUCCUAAAAUAAAUCAAUUGUUUCGAUAUCAUGUCCAGACUUCUAAAGGCCUUGCAGAUGUUUCCACGGGCAUUAGCCAAAUGCGGUUUGUCGUCGCCUCCUGUCACCAUUCAACGCCGCACAAUCGCACUCAGUUUCCGGCCCAUGCAGAAGGACAUCAGCGAUCCGGUGUUGGACCAGCUUUCGUCGGAGGACUUAACGGCUUUAAAGAUAAGCCCAGCGCGGCGCAAUCUUGUGUGUUUGCUUGCCACGGAAAUGAUUGCGGAAAGACUGGUAAAGCAACCCUUUGAAUGUAUGAAUGGGUUUGAAGCCGUGUUUUGCGGCUCCGAAGUGAAGCUGAUCAAAGAGGGGGUCGUGAAUCCUGUCAACAUAAUUUUCAACGUCAGCAAAAGUAGGGAACGUGGAAAGGACAAAGGCAUCGGACAAUUAUCCAAUCCUUUCCGCAUUAUGCCCAAUUUCGAGGUGCGUUUCCCCUAUGGUAACACACUGCUGUCCAUCCAUUGCAAAUUCCUGUCGGAGGCCUUUAAAGAUGGUGCACCGUUGCUGCAAGAACAUCAGAUCGUUCCCGAUGUGUUUGAGAUUCAGGCGAUGUCGCUAUUCGAGAAAGAGGAUACCUAUACUGUCAAGGCCAAUAUGAUUGAUGAUAAUCUAUACUGGGCUGUCAUGGAUUUUCUGGCUGAUCAGGGGAUAACUAAUGAAUUCGCCAUCAAGCUUUCAGAUUUCUCCACAUUCUAUGAACAUGACCAGUACAUAAGGUUCUUAGAGAAUCUAUCGAAAUUCGUAGUCCCACCACCACCAGUAAUGGAGAGAUACAAUACUGAUGAUUCUUCCAAUUAAAUCAAAUCACUUUUUAAAACUUUACAAAACAAAUCACUGUUUUGGUUGGGAGGCAGCGCUGCGAUUAUAAAACUGCAAUAACAUCACCCUAUUUUUAAUUUUAAAAUAUAUUGAAUUUUUUGAACCUUGUCCAUCUCUGCUUGGGCUAGGAAUGAAAACGUUAUUUCAGACUAACGAUUCCGUUUCGUUGAU